AGCGGCGGCGGCGGCUGAGGACACAGGACACAGGACACGACCACUACACCGCAGCAGCCUCACGCAGUUCGGCGGCGCAGCAGAAUUGUUAUUUUUAGCGCUUGGUUCGUGCUGCAGCGUGGCUCGGUUCGUGGCUCGGUUCUGUCUCUGUUUCUGCCUCCACCACAGUUUAAACAGCAGUCGCUCAGUGAGUGAGUGAAGGCUGAGUGAGCGCGAGGCAGGCUGCGCGGUUGUUGACGGUCGAGAGGGAAAGGAGGAGGAUAACGGAGGUGGAGAGACACAAACAGCAGCAGCACACAUUUGAAGAGACCUACUUUCAUCAGCUUUAAGUGAACUAACUGCCCGCUCACAGAUGGCCAGCCCCGCUGCAGGUCGACCCGUCCCGACUGCUCCGACGAGGGACGAGCCGCGGGAGCCGAACCAUCCAGAACCAGCCUGUCAGGAGGCGCAGAAAUGGAUAGAGGCUGUCACUGGGAAGAGCUUUGGAGAGAAGGACUUCCGCAGUGCACUGGAGAACGGCAUCCUGUUAUGCGAGCUGCUGAGUGUAAUCAAACCAGGCCUAGUCAAGAAGAUCAACAGACUGCCCACCCCCAUCGCUGGACUGGACAAUCUGUCAGUCUUCCUGCGGGGCUGUGAGGAAUUGGGCCUAAAGGGCUCCCAACUAUUUGACCCCGGAGACUUGCAGGACACUUCUAUACGAGCGAAUCUCAAAGACUCUGACUGCAAUCGCAAACUAAAAAAUGUGCUGAACACAGUGUUCUGGCUGGGUAAAGCUGCCAGCGGCUGUGCCUCCUACAGUGGCCCUACUCUCAACCUCAAGGAGUUUGAAGGGCUUCUUGCUCAAAUGAGGAUGGAGAGUGAGGAAGGAGGUGACAGUCCACAGAAGAGAAGUGUUAGAGACAGCGGCUACGACUGCUGGGACUCAGAGAGGAGUGACUCUCUUUCUCCACCACAACACACUCGUGACAACUCCCUGGACAGUCUGGACUCCUUUGGUUCCCGCUCACAGCACAGUCCUUCUCCAGAUGUGGUGAAUCGAGGCAACAGUGAUGGGCGAGGUAGCGACUCGGAGGCUGAUGGUCCCAACAGGAAGCCAGAUGUACGGAAGGACGACAUGUUGGCCAGGCGGACUGCCAGCAGCGAUUCAAGAAGCUCCAUCCCGUUCAAUCAGUUUCUUCCCAAUCGAACAAACGCCAGCUCCUACAUCCCAGCUCCCCGACGAAAACCCCAUGCUGAGGAGGGAGAGCAACGAAGUCACACUCAAGCCACUGUAGAGCAGGACAAAAGAACUGGACCGCACCACAAAACUCCCAAAACUGUCACUUGGGCCCUUGAGAACAAUGGGGAAAAAGUAAAACAGGAAGAGGAGAGAGUGACCCAGGAGGUGUUGGAGCAGAGGCGGCUGCAGAAGUUGGAGAAGGCAGGAAUAAAAGUUCUGCCUGCUGCUGCUCGCUACAGCAGCCCCCCAACAAUGGAUAGACAGGAAGUGAGGUCGCCGUCACCAAACAUCAUCCUUCGCCGAGAUAACGACUUUUUGAGCUCACAGAAAUCUGCUCGGGAGUCCUCCUCUGAGGGGGAGGAGGAGUCAGCAGCACAGAAAGUUCCAGAUGUUCGGAGGGAUGACCUGGCGUCCAGACGGGCUCAUCACAGUGCUGUUGCUCCCAAGGUGCACCAGUUUGUCCCUUCACCUGUCUGUAGCAAGAAAGACCAAGAGCGCUGGGAGGGCAUCAGACGAGCCUCACAGCAAACUCUGCAGGAGAAGGAGACCAGUGAGAAGGAAGCAACCCCUGACAUCAUUACUCGCAGAGACAACUCUUUCCUGAACUCUGCCUCUCACCACGAGGAAGAGGAGGAUGAGGAGGAAGAGGGCAGGGUUAAGGCGAUGCCUAACAAGCAGAAGGACGACCUGGCUCAUAGGCGGGCUCAGAGUCGGACCCUCCCCCACAGGGAUGGACCCGUUAGUUUUGUUUCUGCCUCCAUCAGCCAGGCAGAUAUGAAGAAAUGGGAGAGAUUGAAGAUGACUGAACCCAGUGAGGGUAACCCGGCACCUGUGUGUCAGGCUUGUCUGGAGAAAAGUUAUGGAAGUCCUUUCAGCAGCUCAGCAAGGGCUGGACGAGGUCACAGCAAAGUUGUGACUUUUGGGGGCGUGACUGAGAUCAAGCAGCCAAUAGACACAGUCACAUCAAAUGAAGGGGAGGAGACAGAAUUGCUAAGACGACUCCUUUCCAAGGCAACUGUAGCCAUGCCUACCAUUGGCCUGGGCUCCCAGCUUUCAGAGCGGGAACGCAGCCAGGUGGAUGGAGCUGACCUCAGUCAAACUACGCCUCCUUCUGCUGAUCUCCCACCAUGGACCCGUGUGCUUGCUCAAACUCCCGCUGAGCUGGACGCUCAUCUGGCUCAGUACGAAGGGAGAACAGAGGAGGAGGAUGAGGACGACGAACAGGAGAGGAUCCCAGAUCUUCAGAAAGACGAUAUGAUGGCAAGGAGGACCGGAGUUUUCCAUAAACAAAGCACUGCUACAGUGAGUUACAACCGUUUCCUGCCUCUGCCUGCCACCAAACGCUGCACUCAGGGCGAGGACACUGCUGAUGCUGCUCCGCGAAACAAAAAGCAAGUGCAGACUGACAGAAACAAGAAACUGAACGCCAGAGUGGAGCAAGAAGAACAGCCCAGAGUUCAAACAGAAACUCUACUGCCCGAUUUGAUGGCAACAUCUCACAGCAAACAGGAAUAUGACGAUGAUGAGGAUGAGUAUGAUGAGAAUGAGCCUGUGCCUGACCUGGAGAAGGACGACAUGAUGGCACGAAGGACUGGAUUGUUCCAAAAACCAGUUGCACCUAGAACAAACCAGUCCUUUAGCCAGUUCCUGCCUGUUCCUGGAUCAGUCAAAUAUAACGUCAGCCCAGUGUCUGCAAUGAAGCAGCUCCGCAGCAGACCCAAACACGCAGAGAAGAUGCCUAGUGAAAGCAGCAUCGUUGCCAUAGCAGCUGAACUUCAGGUCCCGCCCCCCACUACCCCAACCAUCCCCAAGUGUGCAAAGCUGAGGGAGAGGCAGGAAGUGGAGGAGGAGGAUAUUAAACAAGAGGGAGACAUUACAGCCCCUUUCACCUCUGUCACAGAUGUGACUGACCCCAUCUCUUCUCCAUCACUCACCCUUUCACCUCCCCCACCACCUCCUGCUGCUCCUGCUGCUCCUGCUGCUCCUGCUUCUUCUCACAUCUCUAAAGUGGAGGCAGAGUUGAGAAAGAUGAGUGUGGAGGAAAAAACUGAGGAAAGAGAGGAGAAACCCUUCUGGCAGGAUGACGAUGAUCUACCUCCAAUGAUGGUGAGCCGACGAGUUGCUUUUAUGUCUGAGGACACAGAGAGUGUGAGUAUGAGUGACAUUCUCAACGAGGAAGAGGCGGAACACUUACCACCGCUGAGCCAAUCACGACAUGAGCGCAUGCAUGAACAGCACAACCAGUUUCAGGAAGAGGACGAUCCCUGGCGAAAUGACUUGGCUCGCUGGAAGACUCGCCGUCGCAGCGCGUCACAGGACCUGAUCAAGAAAGAGGAAGAGAGGAAGAGGGUUGAGAGAAGGAUGAAGGAGCAGGAAAGUGAUAGCAACAAGAGGAAAAGCAUCAAGACCUACAAAGAGAUUGUGGAAGAGAAGGAGCGCAGAGAGGCAGAGUUGUGCGAAUCCUACAGGAACGCAGCCACUGCAGAGGAAGCAGCCAUGGUUUUACAGCGUUAUGCUCUCCGCUUCACCAUCAGCGAUGCAACACUGGACAGUCUGAAACUGCCCAGAUCCACCUCACAGCCCAUAUCUGAACUAAAUCAGGUGGAUGAAGAGCACAAACCCUCAUCGCCUCAUGACACGGAAACGUCACAGCCUGCACACAAACCAGAACCAACAGAACCGAGGGUCACCGAAAUUGAAGAGACAGAGACAAGUUCAAUCACUGAACAACAGGUGUCAGUGUCUGUCUCCACCAGUUCCCCGCCAUCUAAAAGUCUCCUCACCACGUUCACAAUGGAUGGAUUGGUGCGCGUGAACGGAGAGGUGACAGAGGAUUUAUCUGCUCCCACUACACCUGCCUCUCCUCAGCCCUCGCCACAGGGGAGUGAAGACACCACCCCCAAACUGGUGGAGAAAGAGGUUCCACCUAAAGAGACUGUGAAAAAUCAGGAGACAACAGAACAGCCACCGCCGCGGCCGCCAAUGCCACUGCAGACGGAGAAACCAACCACUGCUACAGGCUCCGCCAUCAGCUCUUUGAUCGGAGGCCGAAACUGUAUCAUCACAACAACGAUUGUAACAGAGCUGACACAGACUCUCGUGGAGCCUCUUCAACAAGAGCAAAGCAACGAACAGGUCAGUGGAACCACUGGUUUGUUUGGGAGCCCAGUGCAGGAAAACAGGGAGGAACCAGUUUCAUCGCCCACCAGCAUGCAAGAAUAUUCUCCUACUGUCACAGCAGUUGUGAACAAGUUGUGUUUGUCUUCUGCAGAAGGACUUGAGGAGAGCAGUGUGAGUAUUGAAACCCCCAUGUUGAACUUGGCUAAACGUGUUAAUCACUGGGUCUGGGACCCCAAUGAAGAGCGUAACCGCCUGGAAAGGUGGCAACAGGAGCAGGAGCGCCUCCUACAGGAGCAAUACCAGAGAGAACAGGAGAAGCUAAAGAAGGAGUGGGAGAAAGCACAGCUAGAGGUGGAGGAGGAGGAGCGAAAGCACAAUGAAGAGGAGAGACGGAUUCUGGAGGAGACUAUGACUCCCCUCAAUCCAACCAGUUUGUUGAACCAGCAGCUUGUGAAGACAGAGACGACUUCAUCAGCUCCAGAGGAAAUCAACAUGGAGAAGAAAAAUGUUCCACCUCAGCAAAACGGCCAAAGAGUCUCCACAGGACCUGAGGAUCAACAUGUAUCAAAGCUGCAUUUUUUCCAGGAUACUGUGAGUGAUGAUGAACCGUCAAAGAAACAAGAACUGUGGAAAACAGCCUCAUUAGACCGCAACCCUCAGCUGAACCAGCCACAUGCUGUUAAAAGGUCUGGAUCACAUGACAUUGUAGCAGGCAAACAGCAGUCUUCCUCCGCCUCCUCCUCAUCACCAUCACCACAGCCUCCUUCACCUAGCAGGUGUGUUAGUGGGAAGAGACUGUGCUCUGGCUGCUCCCAGCCUCUGGGAAAAGGAGCGGCCAUGAUCAUCGAUACACUGGGACUUUUCUUCCACAUACAGUGUUUUAAGUGUGGAGUGUGUAAUGGGCAACUGGGUGACGCCACUGCGGGGACUGACGUAAGGAUUCGUAACGGACUGCUGAGCUGUCAUGAGUGCUAUAUGGCAACUCGAGGCAGAGGACAGCCCACCACACUAUAAUGACCUGCAUUUGAACUGGAUCCCAUCAGCACCACACUCUGUGUUUGGGUGUAGAAGGGUUCAAGAAGCUUGAAUCAUAUUCUGGAAAAUUCCUGGAAUCUCUUUGGAAACCUCUUUUUUUUGUCCCCUAAAAUGAACAAACAGCUUUAUGGAAGUUUCUGAAAGGAGAACUGACAAGUGGACUUAACUAAACAAAAGCACACACACAGUACAGUACAGUGCUUCUUAACUGUACAUGUGUAUACACUUCUUGUUUGUGUAGCAUGGACAUAGUAAAGCAACCAUUGUCUUUAGGCCUUUGCACAGUCAAGACAGUAAAAUAAGGAUCUGUUCUGUCACAAUGUUUCACGACAAGCUAAACACUACUGUCUUUAACACAACACUUUCAAUAAUCCUGAUUCAUGCUUCUGCACUGAUCAUGCGACUCCAUAUCUCAGAACGUGGUGUGGGUUGAAGUAUAAGCUGAAGUAGCUUGAAACAUUAAAAUGCCUUACUCGUCAUAUUUUAUCAUUCUUUUUUUUCUUCUUUUGGUUUCGUGUUUACAGUUUUGCAUGAAAGAAGAACUUAUAUAUAAGUUAUUGUGCGUAUUUCUCCGAUGGAUUGUAAGAGUUUGAUUGUUAUCCUCUCAACAGCUAAACUUAAACUCUCCUCUCGUAUCUUGUACAUCGUAUUCAUCGUCAUUUUAUAAUUUUUGCAAAUAUGGCUAUCUUACACAAGCUAUUUCUUUUAGAAUUAAAAUGUACGGGAAUGACAACGCACUAUACAAAGUAAUAAUACUUGUUUUGGAUUUUAGAUAUUUUCCCUUUAAGAUGUUUUAUCUUGUUGUUUAUUCUCAUAGACUGACUGCGUCCCAAACAGUGCCUUAUGUAAUGGAUGCGAGGGCUGGUGUACGUCAUGUGUUUUUCACACUUACACCGACCUCUAGCUCAUUGCAUUGUGUGCAUGUGUGUUAUGAGUGAGUGUGCACUUACAUGUAUGCAAAGUGUAAUUUGACUUGAAGUACAGUUCCAUACCAGCAAAAAAUGUUACAUGGAUCACUCCUAAUCACCUGAUAUGUUCUCUUCCAUCCUUCUCCAAGAGCUUAACCAAUGACACCAUCACUUGCUGCUUCCCUGUGAGUUACGGCCUGAUAAUUUAUCAAUCGCAAUCUCCCGAAAAAAAACCUCUCCUUGUUUGCCUCUCUCAAAAGUGUUGUCUCCCUAAGAGUCUGAGCUGAACUCCUCUGUGUAUUAUUGCCUCUAUCUGGACACUUGACAGUGUCCUCCAUCACUCAGAAGAGAUAAAGUCCAUUGUCUUUUAUAGCAAGUGUAUGUUUAACAAUAAAAUAUUUUAGAUGGGA